CUUCAGAUUCUCACCAGUGACCAAAAGGCUGCUGCCAGGUGGGCAGAUCUGCCCCGGGGCAGUACCUGCUGGACAAGCACUCGCUGGGCCGGCAGCUCCUGAGUUCCGCAAGGCGCACGGUCGCGGCGACCCGAAGCCGGCCGCGGACUUUCGAGACCUCCUUAGGCGGGGCCAGCACCGCGCUCGGCCAGUGACAUGUUGUCUUCGUUGGAGGAAGUAUGCUGAGAGCAAAUUGGUUCAUCUUGGGAGCUACAGGGAAUUGCUCAUCCUAAAAGCAGGUGACCAGUGACAUCAGUCAUGUCAUCCAGGCCUUUUGAAAGUCCGCCUCCUUAUAGACCUGAUGAAUUCAAACCGAAUCAUUAUGCACCAAGCAAUGACAUAUAUGGUGGAGAAAUGCAUGUUCGGCCAAUGCUCUCUCAGCCUGCAUAUUCUUUUUACCCAGAAGAUGAAAUUCUUCACUUCUACAAAUGGACAUCUCCUCCAGGAGUGAUUCGUAUUCUGUCUAUGCUCAUUAUUGUGAUGUGUAUUGCUAUAUUUGCCUGUGUUGCCUCCACACUUGCCUGGGACAGAGGCUAUGGAACUGGCUUACUAGGAGGUGGUUUUGGCUACCCUUAUGGAGGAAGUAGCUUUGGUGGCUAUGGAGGCAGCUAUGGCUAUGGUUAUGGCUACGGUUAUGGCUAUGGAGGAGGCUAUACGGAUCCAAGAGCGGCAAAGGGCUUCCUGUUGGCCAUGGCUGCCUUUUGUUUCAUUGCCUCAUUGGCAAUAUUUGUUACCAGUGUUAUAAGAUCUGAAAUAUCCAGAACAAGAGGAUAUUACUUGACUGUGAUAAUAGUGAGUGCUAUCCUAGGUAUCCUGGUGUUUAUUGCCACAAUUGUCUAUAUAAUGGGAGUCAACCCAACUGCCCAGGCUUCUGGAUCUUUAUAUAGUUCACAAAUAUAUGCCCUCUGCAACCAGUUCUAUACACCUGCAGUUUCUGGAGUCUAUGUGGAUCAGUAUUUGUAUCACUACUGUGUGGUGGAUCCCCAGGAGGCCAUUGCCAUUGUGCUAGGAUUCAUGAUCAUUGUGGCUUUUGCUUUAAUAAUUUUCUUUGCUGUGAAAACUCGAAGAAAGAUGGACCGGUAUGACAAGUCCAAUAUUUUGUGGGACAAAGAACACAUUUAUGAGGAACAGCCACCCAAUGUGGAAGAAUGGGUUAAAAACGUGUCUGCAGGCACACAAGACAUACCUCCACCCCCAUCUGACUAUGUGGAGAGAGUCGAUAGUUCCAUGGUGUACUCUUCCAAUGACAAAGUGAAUGGCAAGCGGUCAUAUCCAGAGUCUUCCUAUAAGUCAACACCACCGGUGCCUGAAGUGGCUCAGGAGCUUCCCCUCACUUCACCCAUGGAUGACUUCAGACAGCCUCGCUACAGCAGCAGUGGUAACUUAGAGACACCUUCAAAAAGGGCUCCCACUAAGGGAAGAGCAGGAAAGCCCAAGAGAACAGAGCAAGAUCACUAUGAGACAGACUACACAACGGGUGGAGAAUCCUGUGAUGAGCUGGAGGAGGACUGGAUCAGGGAAUAUCCACCUAUCACUUCAGAUCAACAAAGACAACUCUACAAGCGAAAUUUUGACACUGGCCUGCAGGAAUACAAGAGCUUACAAGCAGAACUUGACGAGGUCAAUAGAGAACUCUCUCGUCUAGAUAAAGAAUUGGAUGACUAUAGAGAAGAAAGUGAAGAGUACAUGGCUGCUGCUGAUGAAUACAAUAGACUGAAGCAAGUUAAGGGAUCUGCAGAUUACAAAAGAAAGAGAAAUUACUGCAAACAGUUGAAGAGUAAAUUGUCACACAUCAAGAAGAUGGUUGGAGACUAUGAUAGACGGAAAACUUAGAAGGCAGAUGCCACAGUGCUGGAGAAAUUAAGGAAUAUCUAUCUGAUAUCUCUGAAAUGUUCUCAGAAGGCAAAUGAUUUUGGACUCUUAUCUAGGAAGCCAAACUCGGUGUUCAUUACAAAGUUUUGGUAGCUUUAAUAUCAUCAGUUUCAUAUCAUCAGUAUUGAAGCAUUUAUAAAUAACUUUUGUUAAUCAACUGGGCUGAACACUCCUAUUAAGGAUUUUAUAGUUUAAACACUGGUUCUCGUAUUAAGAACAAAAUAAUGCUGUUUGAGGUUUUUAAACCUUAAAGGAAGGUCCUGGUAUGAACUGUGCUGUGAAUUUUCACACCCAAGAAAGCAUCUAAUCUUCCCAACAAUGCUUUAGAUAAUUAUUAUUUAUAAUCAUUUCUUUUUAAAUAAGAAAACUGGGUCCCUGCAAUGAAGUCUCUGAAGUGAGACUGCUUGUGUACUAGCAUAUGCUUUUGGUUAUGUCUAUUUUAUGACUCCAUUAAUAAUAAAGUCCCUGCCUUUGGAAUUUUAGCUACUGUGUAUACUACAUUCUGCCAACCUCCCUAUUGAUUUUUUUCUGUUAUAAAAAUGAUUAAAAGGGUUUUUUUUGUUGCUUUUUGUCACCUGUUAAUUAAGAUCAUGUAAAAUUAACAAAUGUAUGAAAUUUAAAGAUUGUAAAUAUAUGUGUGUGUGUAUGUGUGUGUGUAUAUAUAUAUACACUUUUUAAAAAUGAAAGCUUAAACCUAGUGUUUAGAAUUUUGUGUUUUUAAGUAGUUUUUAUCUUUUAUGGUUUACAUGCAUUUUUUGGUAAUCAACUAGACCUUUUUCACUAUAUCAGAAUGUCCCAUUACAUUCAUAAUUGAAUUAUGACUUGAAUUAUAUCAUACAGGAAUGUUCAACUUCUGUACAUAUUUCAUAAGGUAUUAAACCUGGUGUUCUCUUUUUGUAAUAUACAGUUUGAUGUCAUUAGUAUGGUUAAUAUUAGGCUGUGGAAAACUACACUCAGGAGUUGUCCCUUGUUUUAAACUAUUUUGUGUGCUGUGCUUGUUGGCAAUUUCCCAAUCCUUUGGCUGUAAGAAGGCUAAUGUGUCUGGAAAUAGACUGCUAUUCCAUAAAACACCAAAUUAUUUCAAACCGUU